CUAGAAAACAGAUUCUGGACAGGCAGCCAUCAUGGCAGGACGUACUGUUUACUACAGUGCAAUAGUUCUGCUGCUGUGUGUGGUACAGUUCAGUCGGACUUCCGAUGAUCCAGACUCACACUACACUAACUACUGGGUGGUACGGGUACCCGGUGGGGAAACAGCCGCACGCAACGUGGCUGCUAGGAACGGGUUCAAAUACCUCCAUAAGUUUGACCAUCUUGCUGACCACUACACCCUAAUCCAUGAGAAGACAGAAGCGCGGUCCAAAAGAAGUGCGGAUGACGAGAACGCAAAGCUGGCGUCCGAUUCACAGGUGCACUGGUUGGCCCAACAGGUGGCCCACGAGCGGGUGAAACGACAGCUGUUCGCAGAUGAUCCCUUUGCUUUCAAAGAGCAGUCCUUCGUUGGAGACGAGUAUCCCGAUAUCUCACUCAGUGAGAUCAGGAGGGAGGAGGUAAUGGCAAAGAGGGGAGACAUACCAGGAGAGCAGAGUUCUGCAGCAGAGAAGGAAAAGAAGGGCUCUGAUGCCGAGGCACGGGCAGUCGUGAAUGAGUUUGUGAACUCUGUCAUUGAGGAAGGCCACAGCCAGAAGGUGGAGGACAUGAUCCAGUUCAACGACCCAGGGUAUAGCAGGAUGUGGUAUUUGCAUAAUGAUGGCCAAACGAAGGGACCAAGAGGUUUGGACAUCAACGUGAUCCCAGCCUGGGUGAAUGGUUACACGGGGAAGGGCAUUGUGGCAACCAUUGUUGACGACGGGUUGGACUACACCCAUCCAGAUCUGAAGAGAAACUACGACCCAGAGGCCAGUUUUGACUACUCAGACCCAUCGAACUUGAAUGGAAACCCUAUGCCCGUUGCUACUGCGAGGGAUCAAAUGCAUCAUGGUACAAGGUGUGCCGGUGAAGUUGCCAUGGAGGCCAACAAUGGGAACUGUGGAGUGGGCGUGGCAUAUGAAGCUAAAGUCGGAGGGAUCCGACUGAUUACUGGCCCUACGAGUGAUGCCCAGGAAGCGGCCUCCCUCAGUCACAAGCGGGACCACAUCGACGUCUACUCCUGCUGCUGGGGGCCGCCAGACAGCGGCAGGAAAGUGCAGAAACCGGGCGAACUGGUCACCAGGAUACUCGAGGACUCCACAACCAAUGGCAGGAACGGGCGAGGUAACGUCUACGUCUGGGCUUCAGGAAACGGUGGUCACAAGGAUGACGACUGCGGAGCGGAUGGAUACGUCUCCAGUAUCUACACCCUUGCUGUUGGAUCUAUCAGUGUGGAUGGCCUGUCAGCCUACUACAGCGAGUCAUGUUCCCCCACUAUGGCCGUGGUACCGACUGGGGGACAGCACAGGCUCGACAAUUUUAAUGGCGACUUGGCAGACAUGAUCAAGCGGGGAGAAGUUUACGAGCAGAACGUGAUCACAACUGACCAGGGCCACAGGUGCACUGACCGCUUCCAGGGAACGUCCAGUGCAGCUCCAUUGGCCACCGGAAUUGUUGCGCUGACCCUCCAAGCCAAUCCUGACCUGACCUGGCGUGACGUUCAGCACAUCGUAGUCCGGGGUGCCAAAGUGCCCAACCCAUCUGAACGAGGCUGGAAUCUCAAUGGUGCAGGCCUGCCAGUCCACCACCUGUACGGAUUUGGCAUGAUGGAUGCUGGUGCCAUGGUGAAGCUGGCCCAAGAAUGGACCCCUGUGGGACACCAGCGCCGCUGCACUGUUAAGUAUGAUGGCCCAGAACGCGAUAUCCCGGCUGGAGGAGAAGUUGAGCUGGAGCUGAGGACAGCCGGUUGCCAUGACACCAGAGACCAGGUGGAGGUACUGGAACACGUGCAGUCUGUCAUGACCAUCGACCAUGAGCGGCGGGGAGACCUGUCCGUCAAACUCACCUCUCCUAAGGGGACGGAGUCACAGCUCAUGUCCACGCGAUCAAGGGACGACAGCACGGACGGGUUCCAGGAGUGGGCUUUCAUGACGGUGUACAACUGGGGCGAGGAUCCCUUGGGAACGUGGAAGGUGACCGUGAAGGACAACCCCUCAGAGACCAGACGCAAGAGGAGCUAUGAAGAUGGACCUGUGGGAACGGUGAGGGCGUGGUCACUGGUUCUAUGGGGAACACGGGAUGAGGACAAGUUCAACGCACGGGCUGCAGAAAUGAAGAAAGCCGACCGCUGCGUGAACGCACAAGACAAGGAAGAUUGUGCUCUCAAGGCACUCGUCAGCGAAUUCACCAAGGAUUUCACAGGUGAGGUCAUGCCAAAGGACAUCAUCCCUGCAGAUGAGAUGGAAAGCCAAAAGUCGGGGGCGGAAGGUAUGAGUAGUAUCGACGCGAUAAUCAACUCCUUCAAAGGUGCUCUCGAAAAUCUACUACGUCUACGGGGGAAGGGCAAUGAAGGCGACAAGAGCUCUACAGACUCGUAAUUUCAUCAGCAACAUGGAGUGACAAGACCGAGAGUGGCUAAAACAUCAAAUCAAUGACUUAGAAGCUCUCAUCCAGACCAUGCAAAUUAAGGAGAAUUCUAGAAAGUUUUGUACCACAGUAACAGUCAGUAACAUUUACGCAACUUUCCUGGAGUAUAAUAAGCAUCAUAUCAUUUUCUAAUAUUAUAUAACAUUAUAUAAUAUUAAGUACAUAAGUGUCACUGAGCAGUUUUCUUGUACAUGUAUAUGGAGAGCUCAAUAGGUGUAACCCUGACGGUGCUGCAAUACACAGUAUGACUCCAACUACUACUAAUAUGUCUUUCUUUAAUAUGUUUAAUAGCAAGAGUUGUGGUGAUAGGGAUUGUGAAGACACAUUCUGUUUGUCAUAGAGUUUUUGACUCUCAUGAUAUCACCAAUAAUGUAAGUCGUGCAAUACCUGGUGAAUAUGGCUCAGGCCGAAUGAUGUAUCAAGGUUAAAUAAAGGUUGGAAAAAAAAUGUUAUAAAAUUGCUGACUCUAACUGUAAAUUUAGAGGGUUAGAUCGUCAAUGGCACUCUCAACUUGGUACGGUGAAAUAAAAUGGUGACAGCAUUUUUCUUUGCAAAACAUUAGGGUUCAGCAUACAGUUUAUUGUUCGAUAGUACAAUAUAAUGUAGUGAGAAAUAUCAGCGCCUGUUCAGAUGUGAUGAAGUUGAUAGCUAACCCAAAACUGAGUGGUGGGUGUCAGCAAGACAUGCUGCGUUGGCUCGUCUAUGUUCUCGCUAUAAUCUCUCGUAAUGGCGGCAUACUCAAUGACUGAAUUGAAGACCUUUAUUGUACUUAUAUACCACUGGGCUAAGUACAGGUCGUAGCAAAAGAAUACAUGACAAAUACAUGAUUCAUUGAAAUAUAUACGAUGUCAACCAACACAAGAAUCAUAUCCUACGACUACGAAGUGAUGUCGACUUCUUGUUUCUUUGUGAUACUGCCAAAUGUAACAGCAGAUAUGUUUUACAAUCAAAGGUUUGUCUAAAUUCGUUAGGAAUGUGAAUUGUCUGUGUUACUUAGGUGUAUGAAGUAGAUAAACAGGUUCUACCAGUCUAUAAAGUUCAGCUCUCUC